ACUGCAGAGAUGGUGGUUGCCCUACAGUUUCUGCACUCCAAUGGCAUCAUCCAUCGUGAUCUCAAGCCUGACAACAUCUUGGUGGAUAACGACGGACACAUCAAGAUCUGCGACUUCGGCAUCGCUGCUGCAGGAAUGUUCGCUGGAUUGAAGAUCAGGGGAUUGGCAGGAACACCUGGAUACCGUGCCCCAGAGAUGUUGUCAUUGGAGGAGUACGACGCUGGAGCGGACUGGUGGUCGCUUGGUGUCAUCAUGUACGAAAUGGCCACUGGAAGGCAGCCAUUUGUCCCAUCGCUUGAUCCUGCUAGGGAGUAUUUUGAAAUAAAGCUGACGAAGAUUGAUUAUCCAAGUCACAUGAGCCAGGAAAUGCUGGACCUUCUGCCAAAGCUUCUGGAAAUGGACAAAAACAAGCGAUUAGGAGUAAAUGGGAACAUCAGGGAACACCAAUUCUUUGCCGGAAUCAACUGGCGUGAGCUGGAAAAGAAAACAACUUAGACACCUUUCAAGCCCAAAAUUAUGAAAGUGCAAAGAAGAAAUCCCGUGUGGAAGGGAGAAGGCCACCCCCCCUGGACAUACGGAGUUACAAAUUCCAUCGAAAGCUGGG